AAAAACACGCCAGCAACAUGGAAUCGGACGGAGAACGCGACACCGGCUACAGUCAUUAUAAUUCUCCUCAGCACCAGGCGCAACAGAGCUACCACCGGAACUACGAUGACUAUGUGCACCCGAUGCAGCAGCAGCAAGGGUCUCCACUCUCGAACCUCGGUGGUGGCGGUGGCGGUGGAAGUAUGUUGGCCCCCCAGAGCCCGGGCAUGUUGGGCGGUAGCAACGGCAUGAUGCCCUCGCCGCUCAUGCAGUCCCACUCGCCGCUACUCUCCUCGGGCAGCGCCCUACUCCAAUCCCAGUCACCGCUGCUGUCCAGCUCGCCGCUCAUGAGCCAGUACAGUCCGUAUCACCACCAGGACGUGCCGAUGCCCACCAUCCUGCCGCAGGACGCCGAACCGGGUGGCGGAGGUGGCGGCGGAGGAGGUGGCGGUGGCUGGGGUGGGUACGCUUUGGCCGGCCCGUACCAGAGUGAGUUCUGCGCCUCGAACUAUGGAGUGUUGCACCAGCGACACCAGGGCUACGGUGGACCGCACGGACACGGACCCGGCAAGCUCGGUGGACCGCACGGGACGCUGAAGAGUGCGAAGGAGGCGCGCAUCCGGCGGCCAAUGAACGCGUUCAUGGUGUGGGCGAAGGUCGAGCGGAAGAAGCUGGCCGACGAGAAUCCAGAUCUGCACAACGCUGACCUCAGCAAGAUGCUCGGGAAAAAGUGGCGUUCCUUGACGCCCCAGGACCGCCGGCCGUACGUGGAGGAAGCGGAACGGUUGCGAGUAAUCCACAUGACGGAACACCCGAACUACAAGUACCGUCCGCGGCGCAGGAAGCACGCUAAAGCCCGGGCCGGCACCGGUGCCGGCCCGGUCGGGGUUCCGGGUUCAGCGGCGUCCACUGGAUCGCAGGGCCAGUCGGGCGGUGUGACCAUCGUCAGCACUUCGUCCCCGAGUGAGCUAAACUUCGGGGACGGCGACUCGUCCCAUCGCAUGAGCCCGUACACGUACAACCCGCACUACUACGCCGGCACCGGUCAGAAUGCGCUCAACACGCCGGACUCGAGCCCAACGCAGAGUCCGGAACCGAUCCUGGUGCCACCGACCGUCGGCAACCGGAAGCUGGCGGCCGUGGGGGGUUCGGCCAAUUCGAACGGUGGCGGGUCCAGCGGUGGGUCGGAUGUAGGCCAAAAGCUGGACGAUGUUUCGUCCGCGCUGCCAACGCCGGAGAUGAGCCCACUCGAGCUGGAAAAGGAACCGUUCGUGGCGGGCCUUCACUCGACCCACGCCGGCAGCUACGACGAUCUGAAGAGCAAACAGAAGCUGACGUACGAAGUGGUGUACGGUGGUGGUGGUGGUGCCGGGGUCAAGAGUGAGCAGAAACUUCCGGCCACUUACGGCUACGAUCACGAGUCGCAGCAUCAGCAACAUCACCAGCAUCAGCAGCAUCAACAGCAUCAGCAACAGCAACAGCAGCAACAGGAGAGUUUGAAGCGAGAUUAUUCGGCGGCCGGGUUCGGGAUGAUGAACAACGACAAGCGGUACUCGUACGAGGGGGCGACCCUCGUGAAUGGUAGCGGAGGCGGAGGAAUUAGUCUGGGGCACGAGAAGCGCAACUAUCUGUGUACCAGCUCGGGCGCUACCACGACCACGGCCAUGGUGAACGGGAUGUACGUGAUGUGCACGAACCGGAGCAUCCUGGAUCAGGGCCACAUCGUCACCGGGACGUACUUCCCGCCGUUGGCCACGUCCGAGGACCAUCAGACACUCGGGACCACGACCAUGACCACGAGCGCCCAUCUCAGUACAAACAACCAGCCGCAACAAUCGAACGCGAACGGUUCCACUUCCGCCGGUGGCCAGACUAAGGCGGCCAACGGUGGUGGACUGCUGGUGUCGACCAGCUCCGCCCAAAUGUCGCACCUUGACUCGGCCAACGCGCAGCAUCUCCAGCAGCAGCAACAGCAACAGCAACAGCAGCAGCAGCAGCAACAGUUGGCCAACGAGCAGAUCAAUAGCUACUACGGAACGGCCUCGAUCGCGAACGGAACGCUGCCGACGUACUCGUACGCCUACAAGGACUACGGCAUCAUGUACGAGACGCACGCGGCGCUCCCCACCGAGCAGGAGCAGCCGGUCGACGCGCGGGAACUCGACAAGUACCUCAAGUAUCCGGACAGUAAUCAGAACUUUAACAGCUACAGCGACAGUGCCAGCUAUCAGCAUCACGUGGCGGGCAAUAACUCUGGUUCCGGGGGUUCCUCGCUGUACGGGUUGCCCGGGCAGGGAACCGAGUACCAUCACCACCACUACGGGUACCAUCAUCACUCGCCGGGCGCCGGGCUUCUGGCUCAGCAGUCGCCCCAGCAUCAGCCAUCCGGUGGCCACCAACAGCAACACCAGCACCAGCAGGGACAGCAGCAGCAGCAGCAGCAGCAGCAACAGCAGCACAACCAGCAACCGCAACAAUCACAGGCGAUGGCCAAAUCGCACACCGACACCGGAAUGCUGCCGACGACACCGGUGGCCCUCUAUGCGCUCCCGUUGCAGCACUCACAUCUGGCGGCCGGAACCGGAACCGGAGGCGCAGUGCUCCAGCACGGCGUUGGUGCCGGCGGUGGCCAUGCGCUCGGUCCCAAUCAUGCCACCCUCGGGGACAUCUACGUGACGCAGGAGCAGCUCAAGGAUGACGAGUUCAGCAACAUCCUGGCCGGGGUCCGCAAGACCUGCUACAGCAACUGA